AUGGUUUUGGGGCUGUUUCCCCAUUACUUCUACUCUUUUUUGCAGUCUUAUAUGACGAUAUUUUCCGCACAACCAAUUCUACCUCCAGACGAGAAAAUACUCCGUAUAUAUCAAGACGUCAAAAACAUUAUCAAGAUAUUUACUCAACCUUCCGAUGCUAAGAACUAUCAAGAUCUGGUCGAAGAGACCACAGACUAUCAGAACGUUGACAGUAUCGACAAAAUAAAAGACAAAUUCAAAGUUCUAAACAUAAAUACAACGGAUUUUGAUGACGAUGAUGACAAAAGACCAGAGUCCAAACACUUGGGCCCCGAUAGUGAAGGGUUGAUUCUCAUUACGUCAUUAGUAACAUCGUGUAUAAGGGGUUUACAUCACUGCACGUCAAAACUGUAUGCUUUGGAGAUUUUGCAGCUGUUGUGUGAAAAUUCAAGUUCGGAGACGAUUUUGGAUAGAAUCCUACCUUAUAUAAUACAUUUGUCACACGACAAUGUGCCCCGUGUUCGCGCACGAGCCGUUGCGACUUGUGCUAAAGCUGUAUCCUUAGUACAGAAUCUACCUAAAGCUGACUGCAAUGUCUUCCCGGAGUAUAUACUGCCGGAGUUAGCGCCUCGAGCAACGGAUCCCAGCGUGCCUGUUAGGCAGGCGUAUGCUAAUAAUAUUGCAAAAUUGGCGGAGAACGCAGUGCGGUUCCUAGACCAGACGCAGAAUAUGGUGGAUAAGGAGGCGGCUAACAUAAACUAUGAAAGUGAAUUGUCAACUUUACAUGAAAUGGUUAGGUCAACAGUGUCGUAUCUGCUGACGGAUUCCCAAGCAGUGGUCAAGCGUGCAUUGAUAGAAAAUGGCAUUACCAAACUUUGUAUAUUUUUUGGUAAACAAAAAGCCAACGACGUCAUCCUGUCACACAUGGUAACCUUCCUCAACGAUAAGGAAGAGGCUGCUCUUAGAGCGUGUUUCUUCGAGCGCGUAGUGGGAGUCGCCGCAUAUGUUGGAUACCACUCAGCGCCUAUAUUAGUUCCUUUACUUCAUCAGGGUCUUACAGAUCAAUCAGAGUGGAUUAUAGCGAAAGCUCUCAGAGCUACAACCAACCUGGCAGAACUGGGGCUACUACCGAAACCAACGUUAUUCUACCUUGUAGCGGAAAGCGUUGUGUUCUUAGCGCAUCCCAAUUUAUGGAUCUGUCACGAAGCCUGCGGCCUGGUAUCCUGUGCGUCGAACCUUUUCAACGUGAUCGACGUGCACUGCAAGAUAUUGCCUUUUGUGUGGCCCUACCUUAAACACAGACUCAUGCAGGUGGGACGACCCGAACUCCUAUUAGAAAGUCUAGCGGAGCCAAUUCCACGGAAGGUUCUAGACGCGGUACUUCGGCAUGGGGAUGUGAAGAAUCUUGUGAAAACAUUGAAAGAGAGGAGGUCCACCAGACAAAAAGUUAACCAGGGUACAAUGCCAGAGUACUCCGAGAUGGGACAGCAACUCAGGAACUUGUUUAGGCGAUUAGCGUCGGAUGGUAUGACGGAGCACGUAGAAAAUCAACUGAUAGCGAUGAGCGUACAUCUAAUUAAGAUACAAGGAUCAUCGACUCAGCACAUAACAGAAGCUCCAGGUCGUUUGGUACUCCAGCUGUCAGCGAUUUCUCGAGCCGUACAGCUACAGGAUACAGGCGUCGCGGAUUCAUUACCGAACCUGGAUAAGAUGUAUACUUCGGGACAAAAUAGACGUACUCAGAAGUCAUCAAUCACGCACGAGACGCACAUGAAUACAGAAUGGCAGCACAUGUUCGGUCACUCGCACGAUCAACAUUCACGAGUGUCAGAAGGCGGUUCAGCUUCGGUAGCGGCUAGUGGGGUGGCUUCACAAGCGUUGAGCGUUCAGCCUCAGCACUCACAGAUGGGUCACAGCGCGAGCUACGUGCAAUAUAGCAUGGCCCCGUGUCGCAUCGAGUUGAGAGACCUCACGAGUCGAAUGCAACAAAAGUUUAAAAAAUCUUUAAAGAGUCACGAUGAUCCCACGGAAUGUAAUGACGAAACCCUGCCACCACCCAGCUGGAGGCCUGGCAACCAACUACUUGCAUAUCUACAUGAACACAGAGCCCGAGUAAACCAAUUAGUGACGUUACCAGCUCAACGCGCAUUUUUCGGUUCGUGUUCAGACGAUGGGACUGUUCGAUUGUGGGAUGCGUCAAAGUUACAAGGGCAUGCUCAUAUUAACAGGUCUAAGUCAAUGUACAAUAGGAACGCCGGUUCUAUUGUGUCAUUAGCUGCUUGUGAGGGCGGACAGUCCUUGGUAGCUGCUACGCAAGACUCUGUGUUCGUCUUGAGGCUCGACGGCAAUUCAUCCCGCAUGACUCUGUCGCAAGGUCGCCAGUUGGAUGGAGACGGCGACGACGUGAUGUGCGUGGCUGCGCCCGGUCAAAACACGCUCAUCUCUUACGCCACCCUGAUGGCCUCCAUCGUGGGCUGGGACCUCAGAACACCCGGUAACGCUUGGAAGCUACAGGGGGAUCUGAAGCAAGGAGUGACUACCUGUUUAUACGCGGACCCCAGCGGUUAUUUGGCCGUCGGCACCUCCAGCGGUUCCAUUAGCGUUUGGGAUCUGCGGUUUCUUCUCCCUAUAACAUCAGUUAGACAUCCCAACGCGGAGCGCAUCCGUCGCAUCGUGAGCGGCGGCGCGGGCGGCGCGGUGUGGGCGUGCGGCGCGCGCGACGCGGGCGCCUGGAGCCUCGAGUCCACGCAGCGCACGCGCGCGCUCUGGCCCUGCACCAACUCGCUGCAGCCGCUGCACUACGCCUCCGCGGCGUCCCACUAUUUAAGUGCGAUUUACUGUGGAGUUCGAGAAGGCAAUCGCUUCGUAGUAACGGGAGGUUCAGACUUACGGCUGCGCUACUGGGACAUCGAACAUCCUGAGGAUUCGUACGUUUUGGUCCACGCACCCAACGACCAGCUGAAGAGUUCGCCCAGUGCCAAGUACAGGAGCCGAAUAAUAGACGGCACAACUGUCAUCCAAGAAUGUUGCAAGCCGAACUCUUCACCGCCAGGCUCCCUUAUUGACGACAACGUGUAUCGCAGUGUGGAAUCACGCUCUUUCUACCACACGGCACCUAUCACAGACCUAACAGUUGUAGAAGGGACCAAACCAUAUCUUGUGAGUUCGGCAGCUGAUGGCGUAAUCAACGUAUGGAAAUAA